CCAGUGCACCAAGAAAUGUUAUGGGAAAACAAAUCAGAGAGACCCUGACACCGAGGCUGGGAGGUCAAAGAGAGGAUGCGUUUGCCCUAAGAAGAAGAAACUGAAUCGUGCAAAACUCUGGGAGAAGAGCAAUUCACCGCUUGCCUGUGGAACCUUUCUCAGAACAUAGCUGGCGUGACUACCUCCUCCAACUUUGGGUUUCUGCCUGCUUAGAACUUGAACUGUCUGUGAGUGGAAACCCAGAAAACAGUAGGAAAAGGAGUUGAUGGCAAUGAAUCCACUGGAAUCAGUGACUUUUGAAGAUGUGGUUAUUGACUUCACCCAGGAAGAGUGGGCCCUGAUGGACACGUCCCAGAGAAAUUUGUUCAGAGAUGUGAUGCUGGAAAAUAUCAAACAUCUGGUCUCUAUAGGGUAUGAGCUCUGCAAAUCCGAUAUGAUUUUUCAACUGGAGCAAGGAAAAGAGCUGUGGAGAGAAGGAGUACUUCUCCAAGGCCAGAGUCUAGGCAGAAAAAGUGCUCUUAAACAAGAAAUGACAUUCAUGCAUCAGAUGAGCAGGAAACACACACCCGCUAUCAGAUCAACGAAGCAGAAAUCUCACACUCAAGAGGAUGCCUUUGAACAGAAUGUUUUGGUAGACUUCACUGACAGCUCUCAAACUCAACAUUUGUUAACUCACAUGGGAAAGAAACCCAAUGUCAGAAAACAGCAUGGAAAAUCAAUUGGUGACCAGACAUCCCUUAACCAACAUAAAAAAAUUCACACUAGAAAUAAAUUAGGUGAAUGUCAUAUAUGUGGGAAAGCAUUUUCUAAUAGUUUUAGACUUAAACAGUGCAAGACGGUGCACGCUGGAGAGAAACCCUAUGAAUGUCAUCAAUGUGGGAAAGCCUUUAGUAAAUGUUCUUACCUGAGAAAACAUGAGAGGAUUCACCGUGAACAGAAACUUUAUGAAUGUCAUCAAUGUGGGAAAGCCUUUAGUCAAAGCUCUGGCCUUAGCCAGCACAAGAAAAUUCACUCUGGAGAGAAACCACAUGCAUGUCAUCAAUGUGGGAAAGCCUUCAGUCAAUGUUCCUCCCUUAAGAAGCAUGAAAGAACACACACUGGAGAAAAACCAUAUAAAUGUUAUCUAUGUGAGAGAGCAUUCAGUCAAUCUUGUAACCUUAGAAGACAUCAGAGAACACACACUGGAGCACAAUCAUAUAAAUGCCAUCUAUGUGAAAAAGUUUUCGGUCACCGUUCUUCUUAGACAUGAGGGAAUUCACACUAGAUAGAAAAUUAUGGAUGCUUUUGAUACAUGUUCUGAUCUGGGAUGUCAUGGCAUGAUAAGUUUAAUGAACGUGGAAGAGACUUCAGCCAUACCUUUCAAAAUUUAAACAUUCCUGAGAAUUCCCACAGUGAAGAAACACUAUGGAAUCAAUGUGGGAGAUUUUUUAGUCAUCACUACUCCUCAGUCAACAUACACAUUUUCAUAAGGAACAGAAUAUAUAUGUGUGGUAUCUAUGUGGCAAAGAUUUAAAUCAAUGGCCACAGAUGACAUAACUCACAGUAAAUAUAAUAAAUAUUGAAAUAUUCAGCACCAGCUCAUAACUUUUUAAAAUUUCUUAUU